AUGCUCGGAGAAGAGCUUCAAUCGACGCCAGCUUCAUUGGCAGUUCGAUGCUCCCUGAUCUCAUCGACGUCUUCUAUUGUCUCUUCGACGUCUUCAUCGUCUUUCAAAAUAUAUAAAUCUAACUCCGAUAGCAGUAGCAAUAACUCCACCAAUGAAAUCGUUCAGCCAACUCCGAUUCGACCGAUCCCGAGCACAGAUGGAUUAGCUCUUUAUCAGUUAUAUCUAUCCAAUCUCGUUCCACACUCCUCAUCAAACUAUUCCAAACGAGCUUCACCUGUAAUAGUGGGUAAAGCUGCUCAUUGGGUCAAUCCAGCUGAACGUCGUCAAACGUCAAGUCCAGAAGUCCACAGUACAACAUCUCCUGAGCCAAGCGGAUCCUCUAUCAAACAGAAAUCCAAAUGGCUAUCUCACUAUUCAACCGAAUUCGAAUCGCAACGGAAUAAUAUCGAUGAAGAUGAUCAAGAGAUUGUUGAUUCAUCUGUGUGUGCAAUUUGUUCGGAUAGAUCAUCUGGUCUUCAUUAUGGGAUUUAUACAUGUGAAGGUUGCAAAGGCUUCUUCAAACGGACAGUUCAGAACAAACGAAUCUACGUUUGUGUGGGUGGAAGAACUAAUUGUCCUAUGACCAAAGAGCACAGAAAUAGGUGUCAGUAUUGCCGAUUUCAGAAGUGCUUACAACAAGGAAUGGUUUUAGAAGCUGUUCGCGAAGACCGUAUGCCUGGAGGGCGCAAUGGCAGUUCAAUCUAUAACAUCUACAAGCAAAGACAGCGCAAAGGCAGACGAUGUGAUGGGCGCGAUGCUGAUUGUUCACCUUUAAGCUCUACUCCAUCGGAUGAGCUUUCCAUCAAGAGAAUUUGCGAUAGAGAUACUAUACCAACGAAAAAGAAUAUGAUUCAAGAUUUAAUAGAAAUCGACAGAAUAGAUAAAUUGAUCAAUUUACGUGGUUUACGUGUGCUUCCAUUGCAAGACGAAGAAUUAGCUCCAGCUUGUCAACGAUUGAGUAGGAUAGGAGAUGAAAUCGUUGAACAACUUGUUGAAUGGACAAAGCUUCUUCCGUUUUAUCCUGAACUACCAGUUGAAGUUCAUACACAUCUGUUAACUCAACGUUGGGCAGAGCUUGUUCUGCUUUCGGCAUGUUUCUAUGCUUGUUCUAUAAUGAACUCAACAGGAGAAGAUUCUGAUGUUUCAACAACUACCAUUGAUGGACAUGAUGAAGUCUCAUUCACAGACUAUCAUGUAAACAUGAGUCUUCUACAGUCUCGUUUAUCAGCUGUCAUGGGCAAAUCAAUUCCACUAGAACAUGUGGUUAAAGAGGCUGGACUAUUGGUUGAAAAGUUCACAAACCUUCUUCAUUCAUUUUCAAAGAUGAAAAUUAGUGCGGAAGCUUACGUUUGUAUCAAAGCAAUCACAUUGCUCCAUUACAACACAUCACCAGAAGCUGUUGAUAACAAUAACCAUGUGAAGGAAGCUCACAUUCGCAAAGUCACACACAUUCAGGAUCAAUUUGUGAAAGCUCUUCAAAUUCAUUUGACGCAAUGUACUUCAUCGGCCCGUUUGAGUGACAUUCUACAAUGGCUUCCUCAACUCCAUGCAGCUUCUUCAGUUCUCUUACAUUCAAAAAUGUUCUAUGUGCCGUUUUUGAUUUGUAAGAACCCAAGACGCUUUGCCGGACAAGAGGCUGACGAUACCGACACAGAAUAG